UGUCAAUGUCAAAAUGUUGAAAAUUGUAAACAACUAAAUGAAAAUUUUUUUAAAAUGCCGAAAAUUUUAUUAUGUUUGAUAAUCGUUAGUUUAAGUGUUACCUUUAUAAAUACAGAAGAGUUACAGAUUCCUGGAUUUCAACAUUCCGAUCAUACAAAUAAUUGGGCAGUGUUAGUUGAUACGUCAAGGUUUUGGUUUAACUACAGACAUGUAGCCAACGUUUUAUCGAUAUAUCGAAGCGUUAAACGUUUAGGUAUACCAGAUAGUCAAAUCAUACUGAUGAUAGCAGAUGAUAUGGCAUGUAAUCCUAGAAAUCCACGUCCAGCAACUGUUUAUAAUAAUGCCAAUCAAUACAUAAAUGUUUAUGGGGAUGAUGUGGAAGUUGAUUAUCGAGGAUAUGAGGUGACUGUUGAUAAUUUUGUUCGAUUAUUAACUGGUCGAUUGCCACCAGGAACUCCUAGAUCGAAACAACUACUAAGUGAUGAAGGUAGUAAUAUUUUAUUAUAUUUGACUGGGCAUGGUGGAGAUGGAUUCUUAAAGUUUCAAGAUUCAGAAGAAAUCACUAGUCAGGAAUUGGCGGAUGCUCUAGAACAAAUGUGGCAAAAACGGAGAUAUAACGAAGUUUUAUUUAUGAUCGAUACAUGUCAAGCAGCUUCAAUGUAUGAACGAUUUUAUUCACCAAAUAUAUUAGCAGUUGCAAGUAGUUUAGUUGGCGAAGAUUCUUUAUCUCACCAUAUGGAUCAAGGUAUUGGAGUUUAUAUAAUUGAUCGGUAUACUUAUUACGCUUUAGAUUUUUUGGAAGACAUUGAACCAUCUAGUACAAAGACCAUGUCCGAAUUUUUGGCUGUGUGUCCAAAACGUGUAUGUAUUUCUACAGUUGGCGUUCGUACAGAUUUGUUUGCACGUGAUCCAAGUAAAGUGUUGGUGACAGAUUUCUUUGGAUCUGUUCGACCUGUGGAGAUAACACGAUCUUUUACUAAUAUUACAACAAAACCAGCGAUUAUUACAAUAGACGAUAGUUUACCAAAGCAUACCGUACUUAGUUAUAAAUUUGUAGAUUUCUUUCCCACUCUCAUCGCUGUUGCAAUGGGUAGUGUUAUUCCUAUUGGAGUACAUGGUCCAGUUGUCGUUGGACAUCCAGGAGUUGUUGGUGUAGUACCAGUAGGUGUACCACUAGCUGGACACGCUGUUGUUGGUGUUCAUCCAGGAGUUGUUGCUGUUCAUGGUGUUCAUGGUGUUCAUGGAGUUCAUGUUGUUCAUGGUUAA